GUCACCGGCGAGCUACUUGAGACGUCGCCUCCCCGCUUCUCUCCUGACUUCGCCGCUCAACUUCAACGCCAGACCGUCGGCGAUCAGGUGACUCGGACUGAUUUCGCUGAGGGCCAUUCAGCAGGGAACGUUACUUCCGGCGCUACACGAAACUAGCGCCGCCUUAAAGAAAGAACCCUAAACCAUUAAAAUCCGGAGAUAUUACUUCGGCCCCUUUACCCUGUGAUGGCGCGGAGGGAAGAGAAGCGACGGUGCACAGAAGAACCUUGCAUUGAGGAUGUGCGCUGCCCUCGGCGGAUAAAGCGUAUUAGGUUUAGCGCGUUCUCUGGCGAGGGGAUAAGGAAUUCAGCGGGUUUGAGGACUGUUCAGAAUGGGUUACUUAAUCUUCGCAUGGUUCAAAAUAACUUGUGCACUCAAAAGAAUCCGGAGACAUUAGUUGCUUCCACUCAGGCUUCAUUUCUGAUUACGCAGAAAGAUACCUUCUAUGAUCGAGCUGCAUUCUCUCUAAUGUGCUGCUACAUGGGUGAUGCUAUGGAUCAUGUUGAUUUGCCUGUACCAGCCAUUAUGAAGCCUGUUGAACUAUGGACUGGGAAGCAACUUUUCAGUGUUCUUGUGCGUCCUAAUGCACACACAGAGGCAUUUGUUAACCUUAUAGUCAAAGAGAAAAUAUAUACAAAAUAUGAGACCAUGUGUCCCAGCGAUGGAUAUGUAUAUUUUCGUAACAGUGAGCUUAUAAGUGGGCAAGUAGGGAAGGCAACUCUAGGCAAUGACAACAAGGAUGGCCUAUUCUCUGUUCUCCUAAGAGAUUAUAAUUCUCAUGCUGCUGCAAGUUGUAAGAAUCGAUUGGCUAAGUUAAGUGCCAGGUGGCUAUGGAACCAUGGAUUUUCAGUUGGCAUUGAUGAUGUUCAUCAAGUGAUGUAUCAAAUCUGAGAACGACAAAAUGUCUAUGACAAUGAAAAUGUUGCAUUAUUGUUUGGCAAUUGGCACUGAUCUUCUCUUUUGGUUCUAUUCUCAGCCACCGGCAGAGCAACCAUCUGUCUGUCCUUUCUAACUUUACUCAUAGGAGAUGUAACUAACCCCGCAUGCGGAUAUGUGUUCCAACAGUGUUGUCGAAUUUCUCAAUGUAUAUUUGUGAUGGUUGUUUGAGGUCAAUCUCUCAGUGUCGACAUUGUAUUUAUUGUUUGGUAGAGCAUUUACUUGCUAUUUUGGGAUUAGGAUGCGGCUGUUUUGUCGUCGAAUGGGUAAAAUGUGUUACGUUUAGAGGUAUUUGUCAGUAACCUACAAUAAGCA